AAGUUGGAGGUUGGAAAGUUUCCCGCCAAAAGUUUUGUAUUUUUUUUAGCGAUUUGAUUCCGUUGUAAUAAAACUCACACAAAAUGCAGCAAAUUCAGCCGUGCAAAAUUGGAUUGAAGUGGCCAGCGUGCUGUCCGCGGUGUUUACUGGACCUGCGCGUUUCUCCGGAGGACUCCCCUACGGUUAAUCUGACGGAGCCGGUUCCCGCGGCUACAAUGAUCCUUGAAGAAGUUCAGCAAGUCACAACCCAAAAACAGUCCUCGAGUGCGGAGGAGCAGGCCAAUCCAGCUACACUCCAACUAAUGGGACCAUUUGAACUCGCAGCCAAUGGCAAGGCCAAGUUCGUGACUUCGUGUGCCGUUGAUGGUCCACCCGAAGAAAUUGUUCUCCUUUGGCCGCCCCUUCCAGAAGAGGAGUUGAAGCAGGAGACGCCACCGCCUCCUCCGCCGGCCCCAGAACCAAACGUCGUGGGUUCUAACCAAGCACCGACGGUCACGAUGAUCCCUGUUCAAGGACAAUCGAUGCCUCAACAGAGAAUGGACCAAUACUACGGACUGUUGCCAACUCCAACCCAAGUGACCUUCGCCGCACAAGCCCAACAACCGGUGCCAAACCCCCCAAUCCAGUACGGCCAACUCACCCUCAACCCACCUCCGCCCAUAAUCGUCUCCCAUCAGCAAGCCCAACCGCAACCAGCUUGGUCGUCUCAACCUUCGCCGCAGCAAGCGUUUUACCAAACAGCCACUUGGUAUCGGCAGCCGCCGCCAUCGCAGGCGGUUCUCGUCCAGCAGCAGCAGCAGCCAGCUCCCCAACAACGUUACGUGCAGUUUCAGACACCGCCUCCGGUGAACUUUCCCUUUCCGCCGCCGACGCUGCAACUGCAGCCGGGCCAAGCUCCGACGAUGGUUCCGGCGAAUGGAGUUUUCACCGUUCAGCAUCACUUCCUGAACGUGCUGCCACCCGGGCAGUUUCAGCAAUAAUAAUAGGUUGAAGUGCGAAAGUUCCCGUUCGAGGAAUUGAGAAAGUUGGUUGCUUGAGGUUCUUGCGAGGAAAAAUUAAUAAGAAUAAAAUAUUCAAAACUUCA